UGACUACUUUGCCGCCGCCACUGCUGUCGCCGUCGCCUCCACCACUUCUCCAAGCAAAAGUCACUGUUGCCGCUGUUGUUGCUGCCGCCGCCUCUGCUAAAACCGCCGCCGCCGCCGCCGCCGCCGCCGCCGCCGCCUCCACUGAAACCGCCGCCUUCCCUGAAACCGCUGCCGCCACCAUGGCCCAGUACAAGGGCGCUGCAAGCGAGGCGGGACGCGCCAUGCACCUCAUGAAGAAGAGGGAGAAGCAGCGUGAGCAAAUGGAGCAGAUGAAGCAGAGGAUUGCAGAGGAGAACAUAAUGAAAUCUAACAUUGACAAGAAGUUCUCUGCACACUAUGAUGCUGUGGAAGCAGAGCUCAAGUCCAGUACUGUAGGUCUUGUGACCCUGAAUGACAUGAAGGCCAAACAGGAGGCACUGGUGAAGGAGCGAGAGAAACAGCUGGCAAAAAAGGAGCAGUCAAAGGAGCUUCAGCUGAAACUAGAGAAGCUUCGAGAGAAGGAGCGCAAGAAGGAGGCCAAGCGGAAGAUCUCUAGCCUGUCCUUCACCUUGGAGGAAGAAGAGGAGGGAGUUGAAGAGGAGGAAGAGAUGGCUAUGUAUGAGGAGGAACUGGAGAGGGAAGAGAUCACCACAAAGAAAAAGAAAUUGGGGAAGAACCCUGAUGUGGACACAAGCUUCUUGCCUGACCGGGACCGGGAGGAGGAGGAGAAUCGGCUUCGGGAAGAGCUGCGCCAGGAGUGGGAAGCCAAGCAGGAAAAAAUCAAGAGUGAAGAGAUUGAAAUCACCUUUAGUUACUGGGAUGGCUCUGGGCACCGGCGCACAGUUAAGAUGAAGAAAGGCAACACCAUGCAGCAGUUCCUACAGAAAGCACUAGAGAUCUUGCGGAAAGACUUCAGUGAACUCAGGUCAGCAGGGGUGGAACAGCUCAUGUACAUCAAGGAGGAUCUAAUCAUCCCCCAUCAUCACAGCUUCUAUGACUUCAUCGUUACCAAGGCACGAGGAAAAAGUGGGCCACUCUUCAACUUCGAUGUUCAUGAUGAUGUACGACUGCUCAGUGAUGCCACUGUGGAGAAGGAUGAGUCACAUGCAGGCAAAGUGGUGCUAAGGAGCUGGUAUGAGAAGAACAAGCACAUUUUUCCUGCCAGUCGCUGGGAGCCCUAUGACCCAGAGAAAAAAUGGGACAAGUACACGAUCCGGUGAGCAUCCAAAAGUGGGCAUGACCUUGGCUCUCUCCAGCGUGCCUCCAGGGCUCCAGCUGACCAUGCCAGAGCACUCUGUGAGGAUGGUAGUUGCUAUUCCCUGACCUGAUGUUAUCAUUACUGGUUUUUCCCUUCUACAAUAAAAAGGCCACAUGUUGGAGCUGGAGUGCCAGCA